AUGGCAGAGUUUGCAAAAAAAUGGACAGACGAGCUGUGCUCGCUUCUGGACGAGGCGACCAUUCUGUCCAUAUCCAGUGACUAUGAUCUGCAGGAUCCGCAGGAAUUUGCAGCUGCGCGCGAUGUCCUCCUUGCCAUAUCCAAGGAUGUGGUAGCAGAAGAAGCGACAGGCUUCAAUCCGAGUGGCGUGGGUCUCGAUGGCCUUGUAGACAUCGACAAGUCCAACCAGGGCGCCAGCGAGGCAGCACAUGCCGCAGACAGCGAUAUCAAAAGCAGUGAUGGGUUCACCACCACAACUGAGAGCUCACAGCCCAAGAGCCAUGUGUCUGCAGCGUCAUCAAAGACAUCGACCCAGGAGAGCCCAGGCAACAUCCGUGUAGUUGUCUUUGAUGGUCUCAGUGACGAGGAGAAGGAGCGGCAGCUAUGCGCCAUGUUUGUUUCGCUGAAGCCGAUUGAUGUCAGACUAGCAUUGCAAAAGUGCAAGGGUGACGCCAGCUUCGCUAUCGACGAGCUGCUCAACCUGCAAUGGCUCGAGCAGGCUGGACAACGGCCGAAGGGGAUCGAUGGCUUCUAUGUUUCAGAUGACGAUGUACCGAACAGAAAGAAGAAGGGCCGGAAGAAGAAACGAAAAGGAUCAAAAGCGCUUAACACCAGGAGCUCAGAUUCAGUCGAAGCAUCUGAAGCGGACAACAGGCGAAAUGAAAAGGAAAAUGCCGACAACGUCGCAUUCGUAUCUGACCGGUUCAAGCUCUCCGAGUCCGAAUCGACGAGCAUAUACGAGCGGAACAAUGCAUCCCUCGGCGCUGCCAUCGUCGAGAUCCUGGACAACUACAUCGCGGUCGGUCUGCAGCCCUCGAGCUUCGAGCAGCUACCCGAAGUCCAAGAACUGGCAAACAAAGUCUCUUGGGUCCCUCAUGAGUACUUUGCACCCAUUUUCGAGAUUACACCAUCCCACCAAGCCGCAUUAGAUGUAGUCAACAUGUUGGCAGACUACUUCGAGAAGCCAGCGUAUCUCAAGUACGACGUAUCGUACAGUCUUGUCGCCUCGGCCUCGGAUCUGGAGCCUUUGCCUGCCACGCCACCCCCUGCCGGCUUGUCGAGUCCCAAGCAAUUCCCAAAGUCCACUUUCGCAAGGCCAUCACUCCAGCUGGGACCGCAGGCGUGGGCGAGGCCGUCAACCUCAGAGUCCCCAACCGCCUCGGCAGCGGCCAUCGCCGCCUACCGCAACCACUCCUUCACGUCCGCCUCCUCAGCCUUCAGGAAGGGCCGAUCCGACCCCCUAUUCCGACAAGCCGCCGCCUACUACGCGGAGCGCGGCCGCGAGCAGGCCGCGAGCCACCACCAGGCGACCAGCGUCGAGGCCAGCUACCUGGUCGACCGGUCCAGCACGCGGGACUCGAUCGACCUGCACGGCGUGACGGUGCAGGACGGCACCGACAUUGCCAUCGACCGGGUCUGGCGCUGGUACGACGGCCUCGGGGAGGAGCGUGUGCGCAAGGCGCGGGAUGGCUUCACCGUCGUUACGGGCCUGGGACGCCACAGCACCGACGGCAAGUCGCGGCUGCGCAUCAACGUGUUCAAGGCCCUCGUCGCCGACGGCUGGAAGGUCGAAGUCAUGACGGGGUCCUAUCUCGUCACCGGGCGAAGGCGAUAG